AUGGGCGCGUUUAUCGCCAAGAUGCUGCUCCCUACAGUCAGCAGCCUGGUGUUCCUGCCUACAGCCAGUGUGGCCGCCAAACGGGGCUUCCACAUGGAGGCCAUGGUCUACUUCUUCACCAUGUUCUUCACUGCGAUCUACCACGCGUGUGACGGACCAGGCCUCUCCAUCCUGUGUUUCAUGAAGUAUGACAUCCUGGAGUACUUCAGUGUGUACGCCACGGCUCUCUCCAUGUGGGUGACGCUCAUCGCUCUGGGUGACUUUGAUGAGCCGCAGCGCUCCAGUAUCACCAUGUUUGGAGUUUUGACCACAGCUGUGAGGAUCUACCAGGAUCGCUGGGGCUAUGGCAUCUACUCUGGACCAAUUGGAUCAGCUGUCUUCAUCAUCACUGUCAAAUGGCUCCAGAAGAUGAGGCAGUUGAGGGCGGUGUAUCCGGAGAAGAAAGUGUACACUCAGCAGGUCGGCCCGGGCUGCUGCUUUGGCGCUCUCGCUCUGAUGCUGCGUUUCUACUUUGAGGAGUGGGACUAUGCUUACGUCCACAGCUUCUACCAUCUGUCUCUGGCCGUGUCCUUUGUUCUGCUGCUGCCAAAGAAGAACCGCUACGCAGGAACGGGACGAAACGCUGCCAAGCUCAGCUGCUUCGCUCUCUGCUGCUGCUCCAUGUCCCCUGGUUCCUCUAAAGACAAGACGGACAAAGUGAAGAAGAAGAAGACCCGGACUGUUUGGACGGUCCCCACAGAGAAGCUGUUGACACGAGGCUGUAGCACCCCCACCCUGCCCCUUUACAACCCCCCACCCUCCACUCCUAUCAAAGGGACCAGCAUCAGCAAGCUGAAAGAGAUGAACGGCUGGAAGUGAACCCAAACACAUAAGAGUCAGGCGACUUCCUCCUGAAGAACAGAUGUAGAGGCUGACCUGCUAUGAGAGGAAAAAUGGGAAAGUAACCAAACAACUGUCAGCCUGAUAAACUUGUUCUGUGGCUGCUAAGUUCAUCUUCUUCAGCAGGAAACCAACCGUCAUGUGGACGUUCCCUUUUCUACUCCAAGAAAUCCUUUUUGACUGGGAGAAUAUUUAAGAUCAGCUGAGCGGAGGACUCCAGCGGUGAAUAUCCAGAAAUGCUCUGAUGUGGAUGGACCCGGGCCUCGGGUUGCCCUCAAAGACCCCGAUAAGAACCUGAGCCGUGUGAACCUGAGGACAGGCAGCA